AUGUUCUGUCGAUCGAAAAAAGCUGUCGUGACGCGAGAUAUGAGCCAAGCGGAGGAGGCCGCGCGUAGAGCUUUUCAAGAAAGAUUUGACGCCUUGCAAGAAUCAAAUAAAAACGUACGUGAAACAGCAGCUCGAUAUUUAAGGCCGGGUGCAACUGUUGUUCAGUACCAGAACGACGAGGAAGCGCUUAUGAAAAUAGCUCAAGAAACAAGGCUCAAAGUAAAGGAAACCGUGUUGAACGCAGAGGAGGGAAGGCUGAACGCCAGGGAUGAGAGUCUCAAGAACGAGGAGAAGAAGCUUCAGGAAGAGAAAGCAGAGCUUGAUGCGAGAGAGGAAAGCUUCAAACAGGAACAGGAGAGAUUGAAAGAGGAAGCUGUUGAGAAGGCAAGAGCUCAAGAGGAGAAACUGAGGGAGGCACAAAGGAAACUCGAAGAACAGGUCGGUGGUGCUUCUGGUGCUGUUCGGACACCUGGAAUUAUAGGAAAGGAAGAUGGCUGA